CCGUUUUCUCCCGACCUCUGUCUCUUUCUCUUCGUGUCCGUGGGAAGAAACGCUGGGUGUGAUUCGCAUUUCUGUGCUUUUAAUUCCCGAUAUGGGUCUCGUUGGUUGUUGCAGGACGCCGGCUCGGACUGCCGCUGCAUUCUUGCGGCAAAAGACUCUAAUCCAGGCUGGUAAUGGAAAUAUUAACGCGAGAAACUUUGGAGUGAGUGCUAGGCGUUUUGAUGAAUACCGUCCAGCUACAUCUCAGAUGCCAAAGCUGAGCGACAUUGGUGGUAGGACGCUCUUCAAUUCAGAUCAUGACAUGUUCCGUGAGUCAGUCCGCAAGUUCUUUGAACAAGAAGUGAAGCCAUACCAUGGCCAGUGGGAGAAGGACGGCCAGGUUUCGCGCGAGGUGUGGCUGAAGGCCGGAGAGCAGGGUCUCCUCGGGGUCAAUACCCCGGCCGAGCACGGAGGCAUCGGAGGCGACUGGCUGGACGCCUCCAUCGUCCUCGAGGAACAAGGCUACAGCAACUGCACCGGUCCCGGCUACGCGAUGCACUCGGACAUCGUGAUGCCGUACAUAUCUCACUUUGGCACGCCGGAGCAGAUCGAGCGUCUGAUCCCGGACAUGACGGCCGGAAAGAAGAUCGGCGCCCUGGCCAUGACCGAGCCGGGAGCCGGCAGUGAUCUGCAGGGUGUGCGCACCACGGCAGUGAAGGACGGCGACGACUACAUUCUGAACGGCAGCAAGGUAUUCAUCACCAACGGCUACAUGUGCGACGUGGUGAUCGUGGUGGCCAUCACCAACCCCUCGGCCAAGUCGCCCGCUCACGGCAUCAGCCUCUUCCUCGUGGAGGAGGGCAUGCCCGGCUUCCGCAAGGGCCAGAAGCUGCAGAAGAUGGGCAUGAAGGCGCAGGACACUGCCGAGCUGUUCUUCGAGGACGUGCGCCUGCCCAAGUCAGCCCUGCUGGGCAAGGAGAACGGCGGCUUCUACCAGCUGAUGCAGGAGCUGCCGCAGGAGCGCCUCCUGAUCGCCAUCAUGUCGAUGGCUAACUGCGAGUGGGCCUUCGAGGAGACACGUGACUACCUGCUCAACAGGAAGGCCUUCGGCAAGACGCUCAGCAACCUGCAGACGAUUCAGCACCGCCUGGCGGCGAUGAAGACCGAGCUGGUUGUGAACCGCGCCUUCACCGAUCAGUGCAUCGAGCUGCACAACCAGGGCAAGCUGGACGGCGGCAUGGCCUCCAUGUGCAAGUACUGGAUCACGGACCUGCAGAACCGCAUCACCUACGAGGCGGUGCAGCUGCACGGCGGCUGGGGCUACAUGUGGGAGUACCCCGUCUGCCGGGCGUACGUCGACGCCAAGGUCCAGACCAUCUAUGGCGGCAGCAACGAGAUUAUGCGGGAGCUGAUUGCCCGCCAGAUCGUGUCGAAGAAGUGAGCUGCAUCCCGAGCGCCAACCUGCCUCCCUAAUCCGACAAACUCCUGAUCAAAGGACAGACUCGGCCACCGAACCGUUUGGCAAGGUAUGACGUCUUCUUAGUUUCGUUUUGGGUUUGAUUUUAUCGGGAGCGAGAAAGCAUUGUUAAGGUGCGUAUUUACUUGUACCUUUGUCUCCGUCAGCACUAAGUCGUCUAUUGGCAGUUCCGUGAAACCGAUGCCGAUCCGGCCGUGACCUUUUACGUAAUCUACUUUAGUGUGCCUUUACCUAUUACCUACAGCCUCCAAGAACAGUCUCCUCUUAUUGUGAUGAGUGGUGCUCUGUGAAGGCCCGCCGAGUUGUGGCGAAGUAUGCAAUUCAAAAUGCAUACCAAACAUCAAUGCAAUGCAGUACAAGGGAAUCCAUGGCUAGAAAACGAGCGCUAGAUAUGUCGGCUCAGCUUGUCUAGACCAUUGUGAAGCGUCAAGUGCCAGUGAUUUGGAAUUAUAUGACUUAUUAUUGUAAAACAAGUUCGAGCUAGUUAUUUCCAUUUCCCUCUGGAAGCUUAAAUUGGAGCUUAUUGGCACACUCCAGUGCGAGCUGCUGAGAUGAAUCGUUUAGUAUAUUUUGUAGUGAAAUAUAUGUAUACAGAACAAAUUGC